AUGAAUAUGUCGAGGUACGAUCGGUUUUGUCAUACAUUAUUUCAUCAAUUAAAAAAUUGCAAUAAAGAGGGUGUCGAUAUUUAUUAUGCGGGUUAUAUUUUUUGCAAUGUGGGUGCUUAUGUUACAUCGUCUCCGGAUGGUGAGCAUUGUUAUAUGAGAGAUGUAUAUAUGAAUCAUCGAUGUAGGAUACGAGAAUGUGUAAUGGAAUUGAAAUAUAAUUCUACCGACAGACCGGGUUGUUAUGAUAUAUGUUUUUGUUUUCCUGGUUACUAUGGUGGUUUAUGCGGUAUAUUCCAUGAGGAAUGCUACAGAGCUGUGCAACAAUUUUAUAAGGAUGCUAGCAAGUGUAGUAUACAACAAAUUUGUAGAGAUAUUGAUAGACAGUGUCACGGUAUAAUAGUUAGCGAAUGUUUAAUAAGACAACAAGUGGGAUAUUAUAAGCGUAAUUCAAAUCUGCUUUUUGAAUUGGAUCACAGGGGUAAAGCUGUUUUACAAAAAUAACAGUAUUUUGUUUUUUUGUUUUCCAGUUCGAACGAGAGAGACGAGAUUGUUACCGUUCAAUUACCCUGUGAUACGGUUCUUGAAGACGAACCUCUUGCCAUUUUGCGCACGAUAGCUGCGGAUUAUAAGUUUUUUGAUUUCUAUUUACGAAUUGGUCGAGAGCAGCAUAUACAGUUAGCAGGCGGUCGUUUGUGGCCUAGUAUGAUUAUAGACGGUGUUAUACGAACCAUACCCAGUUUUUAUAUUUAUCUUAUAGCGGUGACUAAAUGUGAAAACGGUGAUCGCUAUAUGACUAUUGGUGUCGUACAUUGGUUGUUUGGAAUUUAUGCCGAAUUGGAAAUUACAUAUCGUAUCUAUCCUGAAUUAUUCUUCAAGACUCGCCCUCUCGAGUAUAAUGUUAUCCCUUUAUAUCUACCCUCGGUGACUUUUAACAGCACCGGUUAUUAUAUUGAUUAUACGGGACAAGAACAAUUAACAGUUAGCGAAGCAAAGGAUAUGGUAUCGGGUGCGGUAGAUACUUUGAUUACGUAUAUAAACGAAAAUCAAAAUACAGACUAUUGA